CUCAUCCUUGAGAUAUCUUGCAACAUUCUCUUAUUUCCUGUCUCCCAGAGGUCAAUGCCUACAUCGAGUCACACAUAUCCUUGAGUGCGACCAGAAUUUCUCUUGCUUCAAUACAGUGUCUCUCACAUCACUCACCCCCCUCCAUUCUCAACUAUGGCUUCGCAGGGACCCCCUGCAGGCGCGCAGCCUUUCAACCCACAACAAAUUCAACAGAUGAUAGCCAUGGAAGCGCAGAAACGUGGCAUGACGAUCCCUCAAUUUCAAGCCUUCCAACGCCAACAAAUCGAACAAGAAGCAGCAAAAGCCGGAAUGAGCCCGCAACAGUUCGUCCAGAUGAAACAGGAAGAAGCUCGACGGCAAUAUAUGCAACAGCAACAGGCUAUGCAGCAGCAGCAACAACAGCAGCAAGCACAAGGCCAGGGCCAGCAGGCACAGGGCCAGCGACCUCCCCAAGGCCAAGUACAACAAAUGGCAGUCAACCUGAACCAGCCUGUAGAGCCUACUCCCCCUGCGCUCGCCGUUGCAAAGUUCCUACGCUCGCAAGAUCUGAAGACGAGAACGUGCAUUUUCAAUGGGGAGAGGAAAGACAUGUUCAAAGUGAAACGAGCAUUUCGGGCUCUCAACUCCGACGCUUACAAAAAGGCCCAAAAGAAGAACCCCCUCCUCCCUAAAGUCGAGAACGACAUUGAAGCUCGGACAGCUUUGCAGCUGCUCCCCCUGAAUAUGCUGGCACUACGAGUCUCGAAGAAAGAUCCCCAUGAAGGACACAACCAUGCGCCCGCGAAAAAAGAGAAAAGAGUCAAGGGCUUAUGGCACGUCAAGAUCGAACAGCAACAAGACUUUGAACCAAUGAUGCACUAUGUCUGGGUAUUUGAGCCGCCUCAAUGGCGGACCAGAAUCUUAGCCGCGGGAGUUGUGAUUGCGGUGCUGACCAUGGUCUGCUUCCCGUUAUGGCCUCCCUUCUUGAGACUGGGCGCUUGGUACCUGUCAGUCGGAGCUAUGGGUCUGACCGCUGUGUUCUUCGCCAUGUCCAUCUUCCGCCUUAUUCUGUUCAUCCUCACCUUCUUUCUCGUCCCGCCUGGUCUUUGGCUCUACCCAAACCUGUUCGAAGAUGUAGGUUUCUUUGAUAGUUUCCGUCCUCUCUGGGGCUGGCACGAGACCAAGGAUGACAUCAAGAGGAAGAAGCAGGAAAAGAAGGCGAAAAAGGCAGCGAAGCUUGCUGGGAAGUUGACCGAUGGGGGGGGAAAGAGCGCGGAGGCAGCCCCCAAAGCUGCAGGAUCAGGGCCGGCCCCUACAGAAGGAUCUGCCACCACUUCUUCUGCCGAAGCUGUCGUCAAGUCGAUGGCUGCAAAGAGACAUGCCGCUCCCACCGUCGAAGAAGCCGAUGAGGAAUAAGCCUCAUAUUGAGGAUCUGUGACGUCUGGGAUGCAAGCAGAAGCAUGCUAAUGGCUUUGCGCAAUAUCAAAACAGUCAUGACAGAGAGAAUCUGUACUACCGUCUUAGCACAGCUCCGAGCGAUGUAGCAUAUGCCUGUAUUUCAGGUGGGAUCCAAUACAGCAGCUAGUUUCUGCUCAUCAGUCAAACGCUGUUUCGGGACGUUUGCUCUAGCCGAUCUAGUUGUGUUGUUGAUAUCUGCC